CGCUUAAUCUGAACCUGCGCCGAAAGCUACAUUUAUGCACAGCAUCACUCGGGGAUCCGCCCAAGAACCACCAGUACCUUUAAAUGAAGUGUAGUGCGCCUCCCUUCACCGCGGUUAACAUGAGCAGAGCUUCAUACUGACAGCAGCUCUCGAGGGUGAACACUUGGUUAAGCUGCAGAGCCUCUAAUAGAACCGGCACAUAUUGAUUUCCUUUUGGGGUGAAGGUGUACGUAUUUUUUUUUAGGUCUGUGCUCUUCCCCCGAAUUCCGCUGAUCCCAUUUCAUCUCAGGGCAUUGCCUUUUAAUUUAUAGAUCUCAGGUAUUAUGCAACAUUGGAUUAUUCUACCAAGUGGUGAGAGGAUUGAUAAUUUAUAUUUUUAAACACCGAUAGCCUACACUUUCUUCCUUUAACCGGACGCUACAUCUUCGGUCUCGGACAUCGCAAACGAAAGAAACCGUCGGUUCUACUAAUUCAAGGCUGGUGGUAUAUAGGUUCUCUACAGUACAAUGCUGCUAAGUUUGUAUACUCUGAUGACAUUUGUAUGGGGACUACCCGGCUUUUCUGCCUCGUACGUGCCCUGUGAGCCGUGCGAUCAGAAGGCGAUGUCCAUGUGUCCUCCGGUGCGGAUGGAGUGUCAGGUGGUGAAGGAGCCCGGCUGCGGAUGCUGCUUGACCUGCGCACUGACCGAGGGGCAGGCGUGUGGAGUCUACACGGGCACUUGUGGACAGGGACUGCGCUGCUUGCCUCGGAACGGGGAGGAAAAGCCGCUGCACGCUCUGCUUUACGGCAAAGGAGUUUGCAUGAACGAGAAACUAUACAAACCACUGCCUAGAGAUCGUGAGUCACAUGAAGACACCCACAUUACAGAGGUAACAGAGGAUCUUCUUCCCCAGGCCAAAGUUCCAUUAUUCCAACGAGACCACAUUAACAGCAAGAAGGCUCAGGCCAUGCGAAAGGAUCAGAAGAGACAGGAGGCUAAACUCAGGAUCAGGGGCAAUUUUGAAUACCCGCUCUUCGGAAAGGACAAACAUCAGUCUGACAUUGGUCCAUGCCGAAGAAAGCUGGAUGGAAUUAUCCAGAGGAUGAAGGACAACUCAAGAAUCAUGGCUCGUUCGCUGUACCUGCCUAACUGUGAUAAGAAAGGCUUAUUCAAGCGCAAACAGUGUAAACCCUCCAGGGGGCGCAAACGAGGCAUCUGCUGGUGUGUAAACAAGCAUGGAGUUCAGAUGCCGGGCACUGACUUUAAUGGAGGCAACAUCCAAUGCAAAGAUCUUGAAAGCAACAGCAACAACAACGAAUGAGACAACUCAAAUUUGGUCGCGUAACAAUGACAAUGUAAACCCACUUUCAUCUACCAUAUUAUGUGAUUUGCCAAUCAUUUCUAAUCUUAAUCUUAAGAAGUCUGACCUUUAUUUGUGGAAAAUCCAUAUUAUAUAAAAAAAACAGCCUCUUUUAAAGCUAAGCAGAGGAUAUACUCAAUACAAGCAACAGUUAUUGAAUCCUGCAAUUGUCCUCUUUGAUCUUCACGUGUCAUUAAGGUUGGUAGGAUGUAUCAAGUAUCAUUUGGGAAAUGUACUAGAGUCAUGGAAUAGUUUCCACUAUAUCUUAUCAUGGACGUCUUAAACGGUUUUAUGAGCUUUAAGGAACAGUUUACCACAAAUUUUAAAUUCUGUCGUUAUUUACCCAUUCUCAUGUUGUUGUUUUUUUUUUACCCAUAUGACACUCCUUCUUCUGUGGAACACAAAAUAAGAUUUCCAACAGUUUUGUCCAUACAGUUUAAGUCAGUUGUGUCUAAAACACUGGAUCUUUUGUGUAUUCUUUUGUCUUCCACAGAAAAAAAAAAAAACGCAUACAAUUUUGGAAUGACAAGGUGAAUAAAUGAUGGCAGAAUUUGCAUUUUGGGUGAACUAUCCCCAUAUAUUAAUAUGGCUGUUUCAUAUGACUUUGCUUUUGUCCAUGGCACAGCACUUAUUCACUGAAUAGUACUUGUAUAGUCUUCACACACUCUGUUUAUCAGUUGUUUUGUACCACCCUUUCCAAAGGUUUCAGCACAGUUUAUUGUCUUGGCGCAUUGUUUUGCCAGCCUGAAUGAUAUAUUGAAAUUUAUAUUCUAAUAACCACUGUUUUAAUGCACUGUAAAAACAAACAAACAAAAGCCCUAUGAAAGAAAGCAAAGCACAACACAACAUCUCAAUAAGCUUAGACACAUAUAUUAACAUGCAGUUUAUAUAAAUCACUACUGAAUAAGAAAGACUCAACAUUUGAAUGCACAAUGGUGACAAAACAACCAGCCACUUUUCUAUUUUUUUCAAACUUUAACAGGUCAGGGUCCUUGGGUUCUUAUGGAAAUCUCAGUGCCUUUUUCUACUCAAAUAUUUGAAUACUGAUUUACAUCAAAGGCAUCAAAGGGGCCAAAGAGGGAAAACACAAACACUCAAAAUGCUGACCUUUAGUUUGCAGGAGUGUAGAUUCAAAAAAGCAAAUUCAAUGUUCUUAAAAAGUAGGCAAAUUGAGAUUAUUUGCAUUAUGAAAAUGCCAUAGUAGUACAGUACCAAAGGUACUGUACUACUAUGUGUUGGCCCACAGACUUGAAUUUGGUGCAACCACAUUUUCCACCUAAUGGUAUCAAAAAUAUGCUUCAUGCUUAUGAGAUUAUUUGCAUUGCAUGUGUGACUUACGUAUCAGAUCAGAGCCUGACAACAGUUCAGAAUUGUUGCCUGUUUGCAGAAUUGUAGAAAGCCCACUGUCAUCAUCACCUGUAAACCAGAUUGACUCUUCUAUUUUAGCCAUAAUCCUCAAAGUUGUGAGAUUUUUAAAGGACAAUAUUCCUCUUGUUACUCUUGAGUAACAUGGAAAUGAUUCUGAAUGGUACCACUCCAUGUGGUAGAGUUAGACUCACUAUUAUGAGACAAAAAUACAAAGCAGAGCAGUUAGACAAGUUUAGUGUAGAUUCUUAUUCUUCUUAAUUUAAUAGCUUAUUUAAGAUGU